CACUGGGCGAGUUAUUGUUUUUCUUUUCGUAUUUACUAUUUUUGUGUGGUGCAUAUCAGCGAUUUAUUACUAUUGAUGUGAAAGUUAUGAAUUAUAUAUCAAUCGGUAUAAAAAAUGCAUUUUUCAAUUCCUAAUUUGCAACAGUUUCGGGACGACAACGGGGUAACAUAUACGGGCUAUAAUAUUCACAUAGAUGGAUUUUUCCAUUGCACGUCUCGAUACAAACAGCUGCUUAGCUUACACGAACAACUGCAAUCACAGUAUCCAUAUUUAAAAUUGCCUCAAUUUCCACCUAAAAAGCUUUUCCUCACUAACUCACAAUUAGAAGAGAGAAGGAUACUCUUGGAAAAAUAUAUACAAUUAGUUGGUCAAAAUAGUGUAUUGGCUAAUUCUGGAAUAUUGAUGACCUUUCUCUUAUCUGCUCAGCAAGAAACCCACAAUGUGAAGGUGCAUGUUGUCGAUAUAGAGAUAUCAUUAAUGAAUGGUUAUAGAAUACCACUGUCUGUGUCAUCAACUGAUACUUCAAAUACAAUCUUAGAUAUAGCAUGUAAUUAUUUAAAUUUACCAAAAGAUAUGAUUAGGUAUUUCUCAUUGUUUUUAUUUAACUGGAGUUGUGCAAGGGAUGGACAACCCAGCUUGAAAAAACUAGAAGACUUUGAGUCCCCAUACAUAUCUCAGAAAUAUGUUAGACCUGAAGACAAAAUAGUGCUGAGAAAGAGUUACUGGGACCCCCGCUAUGAUAUGGAACUUUUACAUGACAGAGUAGCGAUAGACUUAUUAUACCUUCAAAUAAUAGAGGAUAUUGAAUUAAGGUGGAUAAUUGUUGAUUCUGAAACAAGAAUUAUUUUAUCUGCAUAUGAAGCAAAGAAACAAAAGAGAGAGUACAUUGAAACAGCACAGAGGUUACAACACUAUGGUCGAAUACCAGCAGGAGAAGCGUUGACAGACUCUGUGAAUAUAGCUGAAGUGGGAAGUAAUAAUAGUGUCAGAGUAAGAGUAUCAUUAGCAUCUAAGGAGCUUAGUUUAACAAGCAUUAUGCAUCCAAACCAUGAACAGAAAUACAAAGUAACAAGGAUGAAAUGCUGGAGGAUAACAACACUUCAUAAUACAGAUCGACAACCCAACGGCCAUGAUUCUUUGCUGGAGGAACCUGUAAGGAAUUUCGAGUUAUCAUUUGAAUAUCUUAUUAGCAAGGGCAACCUUGCUUGGGUCACGCUCAAAACAGAACACGCCAUAUUCAUAAGUGUUUGUUUACAAUCGAUAGUUGAUGAGCUGAUGCGCCAGAAAGUCGGCGAGGGUCCGACCUCAGUGCGACACAAGCGAGCCAACCUGACCUACCUACGAAGGGAUGGUUCCAGUCAGCUUAUCACCCCGUCUUCAUCCAGCGACACACUUAGCUCACUGAAUGGCGAUUCCUGCACUUCGGGAAGUUCCCGGGAGAUAUUUUCUGUUCAGAAACUGACUGAAAAAUUUGCAUCCGUCGCCUUCAAGUCGGGGAAAGAUUGUGUCGAGAAUAAUGCCUUCGAGGCAAUCGGAGAUGAAGAAUUGUAAAAUACUCACCAUUUUCCAAAGAGAUAAUGUCGCCAAUAUACAAUAUUCGCGUAGAUAUAGCCUUAAAUUGUACAUAAGUUCUAUGUACAUAUGUAUUAAAUAGUUAGAUUUUUUUUAAAUUGAAUAUGGCUAUGAAAUUAAUCUUCAUUCCUUAAUUUGUGGCGUUAUUUAACAUACCUAAACCUUCGUGUUAUCUCCGGCCAUAAACUUGCCAUAUUUAUAGCGAAUUUAUUAUAUUUACCUAUCUUGUACCUAUAUUUUAUAAAUAAUUACUUACUCGAAAUUUUCGUGGGAUGUGAGCUAUUUGUUGAGGUUCUAAUGUGAAUUUUAUGUGUGUUUUAUCAAGUACACAAUAUCCAAAAAUAUUGUUUUAUAAAUUAGAUAUACACAAAUAAAAUUUUAUGAACGAUGCGGGAUUCGAACUCACGACCUCCGGCGUUCCGUGCCGGUGCUCUAACCAACUGAGCUAACCGUUCGAGUACCGCCUCGUUAUAAAAUUCUGUUUGCUUUGUUCAACUCUCAGGUUGUGGCUGGUCGCCGGAGGUCGUGGGUUCGAAUCCCGCAUCGUUCAUAAAAUUUUGUUUUUCAAAUUUUAUUUGUGUAUUAAUCCUAGAAGUGAGGGUUAUCACUUUAAAAACAUAACAUAUUGUUUAAAUUAGAUAUAUAUUAUAAUGUAACUCAUAUAGUGGGCCUAGGUAUAAUACCUACAUGAUAUAACAUUAUAGUUGAGGAAAACACAUAUGCUGAUAGUACUACCAGUAGUGCUAAUUCUAAUUGUUCAUGUUCACCACCUUGCUUUGCUUCCCCCUCCGUCCUGCUGUCGUAAUCCUCAGUACUGAGGGUCGCGACCACCCUUCUGUAUCACGUUUCUCUCGUAUGAUCGCUCUCCAUCUCCUCUUGUCUGAAUGAAUUACCUAUAAUUAUUUAAAAUACUUUUUACAAAAAUUAUACAAUUUUACUAUCAAUAUUACUUCAUACUUAUAUUAUGACACCUUUACCUCGAAUAUGAUCUUAUAUCAAAUCAAAGUUAUCCUUUUUGCUGCGUUAGGGAAAUAUUAUUAGAGUGAACUUUUCGUUGCGUGCGCAUACCGACAUCCAAACGUUAGUUUUAAGCUAUUGCAUAGCUUCUAUCGCGGGCCUUGAGCGUUGAGACCGAAUCCAGAAAUUCCGUAACGAAAAUAACCUAACACUUACUAGAUCUAUAUAGAUAUUUCACCACGGUCAUUACAGUUGCCGAGGAACAGCGGUUAUCACGUAUGCUUUUUGUGCAGAAGGUCUCAGGUUCGAGCCUGUGAUUUUUUUUAAUUUCUUUAUUUUUUUUUAUCACGUUUUUUAAUUUUUAUCAUUAUGACAAGCAUUUUUAUUUAGUUUCACCCGUCCCGUUGUGUGUCUGUAAUCAAAUCUUGCAAGUUAAAUUUUACUCACUUCCCGUUUGCUUUUUUUAAAUUAAUUUUAUCAAAAUAAAAUGCUGCAUAAAUAAAUAAUUAUAAUUGCAUAAGUUGACAAAAAAUACUAUGCAAUAGCUUUACCGCGGCAGUCCCUGAGUGCCACACGUCUUUUUUAUCGACCAAAGGAAAGUUUUGACAACUAUUAUUUGAAUUGUCAAAGUCUGCCGCGGGCUUACCUUACCUACUCUAGGGAUUUGAUUGAAAAAAAAAAUAUGCGGUUAAUAAUAUUUUCAUUGGUUGUAUUUAAUACCAUCUUUAUAACAAUAUUGUUCUUUCUGCAUACGUAAAAUAGCAAAAAAUUUAAUGUAGGUACGUGAAUACACACACACUUUUUGAAUAACCAUGUAGAUUUUAUUCAAUUUAGAAAAUACUAUGUUAUACCAUAAUUAAUAUUUAUUUAAGUAAUAAUGGAAGCAUGUAGCUACUUGUUUAGUAUAGGAAUAAUACUAAUAAUCAUUACCAGCCCUUAAGGCGACACUAAAUGCCAGCGACCUUGAGCGAUAUGAGUUCACGACUGCCGGCCCGCCAUCUAUGUCACAAAGCCAAUAUUUUCAAAUUUCUUGGGUGGAAAACAGUUUAUAUGCUUACAAUCCUCGUUAUUAACUAAUAAUCUGAAUAAAUGAACCUACACAAAAAAGUACAAGCUAUAAGAAUAACUUUUCUGAGAGAAGUACCAAAAAAUGCGUCACGCCAUGCCAAAAAACUUGUUUAACUUCAAAGAAAAGUGGAAGUUCAAAAAGGCUCGGCAGUGUUAACUAUAACCAACAGCAAGCAUUAGCAACCUACAAAUAAGACUUAAGGAUAUGUGUAACAGGAUUAAGUAGUGUUGAUAGCUCGAAAUACUAUAUUUUCACCACAAAACUUGUCUAAAAACACCAUGUUUGCGUGUUUUCUACUUACUGUUCGCCUUAACUUAAAGACAAACGUUACACGCAGUUCGAACCUGUCUAAACUUUGGCAGACGGUGUGAUUUAUUGUGAUUGUGCGUCUGACGACAUAAACUGUAACAACUAUACACUUACAAUAUACUACCGUAUAGACAAACAAAAAAUACGACAGAGAUCAUUCCAAAGGAAAUAAAGCAAAAUAGAAUCGGUAAGCGAAUCUAUUGUUACUGUAACCGAUUUUGAUUGACAGGUCGGAAAUAGUCAGCCACGCUAGGCAUUAUUUUGAAUAUAAAACCAGUAGCGAACAAAAAUUAUCCACGCACGCCACGCAUUAUCAGGCUGUCGCGUCGUCUAUACGCAGGUAUAUUGAAAGUCUUUAGUAAUAAGGAUGGUCACGGUAAAAUAAAAAUUAAGUAGUCGAUACCUACCUCUACGUGAUACGUACCUAGGUAACUCUGCGACACGUUAGUAAAUGAUACAUUUGAUUGGAUUUUUGAAGUGACGUCUCAAAAUCCCCGCGGUGAUUAUGCAAACAGUCAGAAAAGUUCCAUAAUAACUUCUACUUGUAGAACUGUACUUCUCAAGAUGAUCGGAUACUGAAUUUACAAUAGACCAGUGGUGAUCUUUUUUAAGCAGUCUUUUUAACUAGAUAAAAUUUUCCUGUUGCCAGAUAAAACCCCAAACAGGUAAUUUUUUGGAAUGCAUAUUUAUUUAUAUCACUUUUGUAAGUUAUCUUCAUAAAAUAAUUAUUGAAUGUAUGUCCAUAUUAUAUUUAAUAUAUUAGAUCCAUUAUUUGUACACAGCUGGUGCCAAGGCAUUGCAUAUGCCUGCAUAAAUUACGUUAUGCUGCAAUUUUGAAAGCUGCAACUAAAAAUAUUUCUUCCAAAUCUAUAGAUUUGUAAGUUCAAGUAGUCAUUCAAACAGGGUACUGUGUUGUAGGUACCUAUAGAGAUAAUUUAGAUCAAAUAAUAACCAUGUAAUAUUUAGAUGUGAUAAGACUGCUUUUACUUCUAUCGCAAGACUUCGUUUCAUAUUUUAUAACUUACGAACAAGCUAUAUUUCAGCAUAAUUUUAUAUGCUAUGGCUAUGUCAAUUUGUGUGGUCUCAAAGUUUGUAGAUAAAUGUUUACAAAAAAAAAAUGUACAAGAAUUUAAUAUUUGAACUGAAGAACUUUUUGAAUGAUAGAGAUUCAUCUACGGGUGUAAUAAAUUUAAUAUAUUAUUUGAAUCAUAAUUUAUCGAAAAUUUAUUAAAUUAGGCGUUACUUUGCAAAUGAUUUAAGUUUUCUUGAGUGUUAAUUCCGCCAAUAUUUGUUUCUAAACAAUUCGACACGUGUUUCGCCUCUACACGAGGCAUCCUCAGGACGUGUUGUCUCGCCAAAAUCUGGCAAUGAGCUGUAAGCCGCUCUUUUAUACCCUCGUCCCAUGAAAUGACGCGCUGUGAUUGGUCGGCUGUUGUGACGUAUUACCCCCGGAAGAGAUACGUAACAAAGGUGAUGGGACUAAAUUUGUUUACAUUGUUGAAUGAACACACUUCCGGCUCAUUUGAUUCAGUCUCGUGCCAGAUUUUGGCGAGACAACACGUCCUGAGGAUGCCUCGUGUAGAGGCGAAACACGUGUCGAAUUGUGUAGAAACAAAUAUUGGCGGAAUUUACACUAAAGAAAACUUAAAUCAUUUGUAUCAUAAUUUUUUAAAUAAAUUAGCUAUACAUGACUAAUAUACACGGUGGCCGAGUUGACGUCCAAAGCUAAAAUUUGAAAGCCUCAUGGUGAUGAGUAUCCGAAUCACCCCUAUGUAUGUUCUACGAUUUUGCGUAGUUUAGGAGAUAAUAAUUUUUUUCACCUAAUUGUAGUUUAACACUUCUUUCAAAUUUUUUUGAACAGUUUUAGUUAAUUUUAUUGUUGAUAAUUAUUAACUACUGUUGCAAUAACCACAUACGAAACUAUCAAUAGUUUAGACAAUGCGGAACUAGUUUAGAAUUGAGUCGUAAGUUCAAGAUAACUGCUCCAGCUAAAUUCAUGAAAAUGUUCAAGGUAUAAAAAAAAAUGGGGAGCCUAUGGCUUCUAUUUUUAAAAACUUUCCAGAACAUUGGCCAAUAAAAUGAGCCAAAUUCUAAUUUAAGCUUUGGACGUCAACUUCUCGGCCACCCAGUAUAUAUUGUAGUCAUAUGAAAUGUACAUUAACAACCUGAUUAUGUGAAGUCACUUAUUGCUAGAUGAUCUUGCAUAUAAAAUGUAAGUGCAAUGUAAUGUGCUCACUUUGCUGUUUGUUUAAAAAUCAUAUUAAUUUGCUUACUAGUCUCGACUUACUUUGCCGGAUAUAUUAUGUGUUAAUACCAGAGACUUACAAUAUACUAGUGGAUAGGAUACACACAGCAUGACAAGAGAAAAGGAAAGCUUAUCUAUUCUCAUUGUACCCAAUUUAUAUUGAUAAGUCUUACACAUUUGGCCACAAUUGGAAUUAGGUCCUUCAUAUUUUAAAUAAUGCACACCUUGACAAAUCAAAAUUUCCAAACAUAUUAUUGGGAUGUCAGUGAUAAUCUAUGCUAUUAUAUUCUAACCCCCUUAUUCAUAAUAGUCUGCUUACUUAAAGCAUUGCUAAUUCUCACCCUGUCUUCUUCUAUGGACCUAAGUCAGAAUGAGAAAAAAAAAUCUUAAGGGCUGUUUAAGUUAGCAGACCAUUAUGAAUAAGGGGGUAAGUGUAUGGAAAAUACAUUCCCGGAUCAAACUAGACAUUCUCUUUAAUACCAGUAGUCGGAAAGCAAUGUUUAACAUGAGUCUCACAAACAUCUUGGCUGACAUAAAUUGCAUCAGCAUGCAUAAAAAUAAAAAAUAAAUAUCAAUACUAUAUUUUAUUGAGGGGACCAUACAAUGGCAUCAUUAUGUUAUUUAUAUUACCAUAUUCUAUUAUAAUAAUAUAAUUGUAAUAAGUUUAAUCACAUUUACUGUGUUAUUUUUUAUGUUUUACAAUGAUUUAAAUAUAAACUACCUAUUUGAAAAUGAA